GUUUCAUGUCGUAAUGUCAGUUUGUUUGUGUUAGCAGGAGAUAAAAGUCCUGCUUCAGCUCAGAUCUCACAAUCGUUCUGUUGGACUGGACUCAAAAGCAGGACUAUGAAGCUUCAUCUGCUGCUGGUUCUGGUUCUGCUGAUGCCUCUCUGCUCAGCUAAUCAGUUUCACAUCGAAUGCUUUGGUGAAGACUUCCUGAUGGUCAACAACCUGUUGUUACAGUGUUCUGGUAAAGUCAGACAGGCCUGCUACACGCGGGACACUGGAGAGAAAGGCUGCACCCGGCUAGAGAACUGCUCCCGGCUCGGCUGGACCUGCUGCUACACAAACCGCUGCAAUGCCAAUCAACACUGAUCAACACUCAGCCAUUAAUCAGUAAUCUGAUCAGUCUUUAAACAUGAAGUCUGAAACUUUUAUAGUCCAGUUUGAAAUGUUAGACUUAAACUUCUGGUUAGUUUGAUAGUUUACCUGAUUUCACCAGAAGUAACUAGAUAAACUAAUAGGCUCAAAUAAAAAUCUGAUUAUCGUGGAAAAUCAACUUUUCAGGGAGAAAUAUCAAAUUACUAGAUUUUAAUAAACGCACUCAAACAAG